AAGAAGCUCAGUGUCUCCACCCACUUCUCAUAUUAUUUCAAAUGCGGUCAUCAUUAAGAGCUUCCUGAUAGUCUUCAUCAUGACCAUCCUCAUCAUCUCUCUGGUCCUGCUGGUUUCUCUGCUGCCACACUUGGCCUUCACUGCUCAUGUGGGUAUAGUAGACGGCAGGGAAGCAAAACCUCACUCCAGACCUUACAUGGUUUCUGUUCAAUAUUAUGAGCAGCAUAUCUGUGGCGGAUCCCUCAUUACUGAAGAGUUUGUCUUGACUGCUGCACAUUGCUGGAAAGAAAGUGAUAUCUUGACGGUUGUGGUUGGCGCCCAUGACUUGAGUAAAGAUAAAAUGUACAAUUCCUUUGAAGUGGCAUCCUACCUCCCACAUCCAGACUAUAAUUCUAAUACUUUGGGGAAUGACCUCAUGCUUUUGAAGCUAAAGGAAAAAGUCAGACUGAGUGACAAUGUUGGACUAAUAUCAUUACCAAAGGAUGGAGAAGAUGUUGAAGCAGACACUCACUGUAGUGUUGCUGGUUGGGGAACACUGUGGAUGAACGGCCCAGUGUCUGAUCGUCUAAUGGAGGCAGAGACAGUUAUAAUGUAUGAUGCAGAGUGUGAACGCAGAUGGGGAUCUGAUUAUAUGGCCUCAAAGCUGAUCUGUGUUUAUGGCUAUGGUGGAUCCUGCAUCGGGGAUUCAGGAGGUCCAUUGGUUUGUGGAGUCACUGCUGUUGGUGUCACAUCUUACAGUGACCAUUAUCUCUGUAAUUCACGUUUGCUUCCUAAUGUGUAUACUAGGAUUUCAGCAUAUCUUAAAUGGAUCCACCACAAAAUUGAAAAUUUUUAGUGAAUUCAU